GCAUAGCAUUGUUUGUAAUACCCCAUAGUGUCAUUAGGAUAUGGUGUGUAUGGUGCUCAUUUUAUAAGCGGUUGUGAUACAGUUGUCAAAACAGUAAAAUCCCUGAUGAACUGGUUAACGUGGUAUCACUGUUAUGGCUGGAAAAAAAUCUAGUAAUUCAGAUUAUUACACCUGGUGAUGAUGACUAUUGACUUCCGGUCAAAUUCACUACCUGCCAGACUAGACCUAUUUUGUGAGUCAACAUAAGAGUUGUAAUCCCUGAUAAUGUUAGUCACUGAAUUAUCAAUGCAGUGAUUGUUGAGUGUAACUGUCAAUGUUGUACUAAUAAGACAAAGGAAAUAUUGAUACAAUUCAAAUUAUUUUAAACAUGAUGCAGAAGUUUCGUGUACUGCUCUAAAAGGUCAUUUUACUAGUCUAAGGUCAGGUUUAUCAGUCCAUGUACAGUAAAAAGACAGGCAAAAUAUCUUUUCAUAUUUGUGUUUGCUACAAGUUCUGAUUUUUAGUUGAUCACAAAGUGUUAAGCUUAAAUUGUUGUAGAAGAACCAGUUUAACCAUUAGCUACAUGUUCCCAAAUGUUGUUAGUAAAUAUACUCCAGUAAUUAACCUUUUUAUAAUAUGCUAUUAUAAUUUCAAAUUUGAUAAGAAAGUAGUUACUAAUAAAAAUAACUGUAAAAGACAUAAAACUGGUUUUCACUUUGUUGGCAGGUUAUUAACAUAUGAUAGUGAUGACUUUGAGUACGGAUGCAUGUCAGGUCAGCAGUGUUUGAGUUUCAGCAGAAACCCCUGUCAUCUAAUGACCCUGAAGAUGAAACCCAAAUAGAAACUUGCUGAAAAGAAAGUCUAGUUUAUAAAAACAAGAACUGAUGAAAUUCAGCUGAAACACUUUCACCUUGCAUAACAGACACACAGUGUCAAAGGGUCAAGUUAUAUAAUCCUGUGUUGUUGCAGAGCUCUUCAACGUAUACUAUUUAUCUCAGAGCCUGGAACAUCUGUUUCCUCCUCACCAUCCCUGUAAUGAGAGAGAACCCAAUGGUACCAGCAGAUAUGAGAUGAUACUUUUAUCUGACAGUUUUCAGGUUAUAGGUAGGAGGUAAUCGAGGAAAGUACCCUUCACCCAUAUUGGAGUCCAAAAAGUCAAGAGCUUGCUCCACCACUAAGGCCGCACAAUGAACCAUCCAUAAAUAAUGAUUGAUAAGGCCUCCACCGUAAAGGAGGGAAAGUGGUUUAUCUGAAGUUGGGAUGAUGAAGGCCUCGCAGAGAAAAUUGUUUAGAUGGCUACUUUUUCAGCACUGCAAGCACGUUCUGUGGAGGAUGGACUACAACAGACGUCUUCACAGCUCUGUGAGGUGCGUUACUUUGUACUGGCAGGACUCAGAGGGUCAAGACCCAGGCUAAAAGACAUAAAAUUAGCAGACAUCACAUGCAUAACUAGAGAAUUUAUUUUGUAUGAUUGUAUACUAAAUGUAAUUCAUGUGGUUUCAGCCUGUUUAAUUCACAUUUCACCACUAAUAAUUAAAUCUACCCAAGUAUACUAUAAAACGUUUUUAAAAGUAUUCUGAUAUUAAUAAAAAUAUAUUACUAACAUAAUACAAGUAUAUUGAAAACUGUUUUUUAAUUAUUGUAUUUAAUCAGGUUAUAAUUAUAAUUAUUAAAACCACACAUUCAUUAGAUGCUGAUGUUCUUUUUUCUGUCCCUGAAAUUUUGUCUUUAAUGAUUUGAGCAUUAAACAACAAGAUUUUACCAAGUUCUUAUUAAAAAGUAAGUUAAGAGUCCAGCAUUGAAAUGUCAUGGUAACUUGUGUUAACUGUCUUUUAUUUUUAGCCUUUUAGCAUUUCUACCAUAAUCUGGUCCAACCCCUGAUUCCCAUUUGUGACAUAAUUCGGGUGAGACACUUUGCAAAACAACUUCUUUUUACAGCCUCAUUUCCUAAUGCUGCUGGUUUAACAUUAUUCCAUUUUUAUACAUUACCAAAAAAAUGUGCAUAAUAUUGCGUUUUAGAUUGCUAUUAAAGAUUAUGAAUCUUAACCAUAUGUUUUGAUGGCAGGAUUUUCAUGAUUUAAAAAACACAUUUUAUUAGGCAAAAAAUAAUAUCAAAUAAUAAUAAUAUUUAUUCUUCACCCGUUGGAUUUUUAAAUGUUUCCAAAUGUUAUUUCCAUCAGAAAUGUUUAAUUUUUAUUUUUGCUAAUGGUUGUAAACUUUUUUUAUGAAUGACCAGAGUCCCUUGCAUGUGUGCUGAUAGCCAUCAUAAAAAUGACUCCCAGAUCACUCUGCACCUUUCAAGGUUAUAGAAAGCAGAUAAAAUGGGAAUAAAAUAAUUAAAACAAGUGAUACUUAAAAUUAAUGAAUCCAUACAUGAAUUAUUUUAUUUAUAGUAGAGCAGGGUGAAACAUUACAUAACAGAAAACAUCUUUCACCUUACACAAAGCUUGAUUGUAAUGUUUUCAGUAGUGCAAAGUCACUGCUAGGGCUCCUACUCACAAUCAAGCAGAUAGUAGGUUGUCAUGGCAACCUAUCACCCAAUUAUUGUUUUGAUGUGCAGAGUCUGUAGCGUGCUAGUCAAGCAGGGGCAGAUCUACUGAGGUAGUGGGGUAUGUGAGGCAUGAUCCCCAUUCUUCACUAAUUAGAAAAUAAUCAACCAGGUUAAAAUAACAAGGAACUAAACUGCAGCUUAGUUUGUGUGGAACUUAUCAACAUGCACAAGAACAAACAGAAUGUACCUGCCAUAUUUUGUCUUGUCCUUUUUACCAUCUCUGCUUAUCACUGAAUUAAAUGCUUAUGCACCUUAGACCUGAUAUCUGUGAUGCAGCCGUGGUGUGGAGCCUGUGCUUGUCUUCUUUAUCGUGCAUUUGUCCUUGGCAUGUGAUAACAACAGUAAUUACAAAGCCAUAAUCUUAGGUGGUCGGAUGUGAGCCAGGAUGUGCUCACGUCCUCCUGGCAUGGUAGCAUGCAGCUGGAAGGUGGAAUUUUUGGUGGAAAAGUUUUUCCUAAGGUGCAGAUACAUCUAUGCACCUGAGGCUCUGUUGUUUGGAGACCAACUAUCUUUGUACUCUGCCUUCACCAAACCCACAGAACACACUGCCGGACAAGGAGACGCCUACAGGCCAUGACUCGGGAAAUUUUAGGUGGAGAUCUGGGUGCAGAUGCUGUUUUGGACAGGUCCAUUUACUUUCGUCCAGCUUUGGGUCUCCCUAGCAACCCUACUGUAUCAAAAUCCCACCCAUGUUAAUUAUCAGACAGAAGAAUUGAUCACCCAUAGCUGUGAUUGGGCAGUAGGGACAUCAGGCCAGAUAAGAAUGCUGUGACGCUCCAAGAGUUGUGACGUUGGACCUGACGUUUCCCCUUUCCCAACCCUAACACCAGGAGACAGGCAGACAAGGACAGGACGAGUCAGAUGCUCCUCUACUUUACUUCUGUGAUGUCUCUUCCAACAGGACGUUGCUAAUUAGCGCACACACUCCGUCCUACUGUAUUUGGGGAUCCUCACUCUUCUGCUGCUCAAACACUCUCAGGAACCAUGAUCCGUGUCACAGUCCUGCUUAUCUUUCUGACAUGUGUGGUGCGGUCGUUGGCCCAACAUGAGGCAGGCUACUGUGCUUUCUAUGAGGAGUGCGGCAAGAACCCAUUGCCAGGACAACCUCUUAUCCCUCCUAUUGUCCCCUGCCUCAACUACAGCAAAGCCCGACAUGUCAGCGGAGAACACUACAAGAAACUCAUAGAGGUGUGUCCCAUGCUGGACCGUGGAAUUGACAACACCUACGCCUGCUGCUCCAUCAAACAGCUGUUCUCUCUAGAAAAGAGUCUGACUCUUUCCAAGGUUGUGCUGAUUCGCUGUCCUUCUUGCGUUGAGAACUUUGCCCACCUGCACUGUAUUACCACAUGCAGCCCUAAUCAGUCCCAGACAGUAAAAGUCACAAAUGUGAAGAAUGUCACUGCUCUGAACCAGACGAAUGAGGCAGUGGUGGGCUACCAGGCUUUCAUCAAGGCCAGCUUUGCAGAAGGCGCCUUCCAGUCAUGUAAAAACGUCCGGAUCCCCGCCACAGGAGGCUUCGCCGUCGGUACCAUGUGCGGUCGCUACGGGGCCAAGCUGUGCACUGCCCAGCGCUGGUAUGACUUCCAGGGAGACUCCAGUAAUGGCUUGGCUCCACUGGACAUUGACUUCCAGCUGAUAAAAGACGGAGACACCACAGUUCUACCAGAGGGCGUGGUGCCCUAUAACGGAACGGCGCUCAAGUGUAACGAGUCCACGCCAUCCGGGGGCGAGGUCUGCUCCUGCCAGGACUGCCAGGAGUCCUGCCCCGUUGUGCCCCCUCCCCAGCCGCCCCCCGGCCCCUUCGAGGUGUUUGGAAUAGAUGGGUUCUUGGUCGUGUCGCUCAUCCUUCUCGUUUUCCUGAUAUUAGCUUUCCUGUGUUUCGCCAUUGUCACUUGCGUUGGGAAGAAGCAAAAGACCAAAGUGAAACGUAAAGACAAGAACAGUAACGAUGUGACCCAGCAGGUCAUUCAUCCGUCAGAGGUGACGUGCGCUGACAGGGCCAGUCUGGCAGCUCAAAACGUCCUCAGCUUAUGGUUUGAGCGCUGGGGAACCCUCAUAGCCUCGUACCCCCUGACGGUUAUCCUGGUGUCCCUUGCAAUCGUGGCUGUCUUCUCCGCUGGUCUCAAGUCCAUUGAGCUCACCACCGACCCCGUGGAGCUGUGGUCUGCUCCCAACAGUCGCGCCCGCAGAGAGAAAGACUUUCACGACACAUACUUUGACCCCUUCUUCAGGACAAACCAGCUCAUCCUGACUGCGCCUGGACGACAAGGUCACGUGUAUGACUCUCUGCUGUUUGGUCUUCAGAACUUUAGCGGCCUUGUAUCCAAAGAUCUCAUCAUUCAGCUGCUGGACCUCCAGACGAAAAUACAGAACAUCGAGUUCUGGUCGGAGGAUCUGAACCAAACAGCCUCUCUUAAGGAUGUGUGUUUCGCACCCCUGAACCCAUCCAACGCAUCCCUCACGGACUGCGCUGUCAACAGCUUGCCACAGUACUUCCAGAACAGCCUAGACAACAUUAAUGCUAGGGUGAACAUGACGGAGCUGGGAGUGACCAGGGAGGUGGACUGGAGAGACCAUCUGAUCUACUGCCUCAGCUCCCCUCUAUCCUUUAAAGACAUCACCGAUCUGGGUUUGAGCUGCAUGGCUGACUACGGAGCUCCAGUCUUCCCCUUCCUGGCUGUGGGAGGCUACGAAGAUGAGGAAUACACCAACGCUGAGGCCUUCAUCAUGACAUUCUCCCUCAACAACUACGCCCGCAACCACCCCAAGUUUAACGUGGCCAUGCAGUGGGAGAAGGAGUUUCUGAGGAUCGUACAGGAAUACCAGAAAGACCCUGCCUGCAACUUCACUUUUGCCUACAUGGCGGAGAGAUCUCUGGAGGAUGAGAUCAACCGGACCACAGCCGAGGACAUCCCCAUCUUCAUGAUCAGUUACGCUGUGAUCUUCGUUUACAUCGCCGUGGCCCUGGGGGAGUACUCGUCGUGGAAACGCAUCCUGGUGGACUCCAAGUUCUUGGUGGGUUUUGGGGGGAUCCUGGUGGUGGGCUGUUCCGUCCUGGCCUCCAUGGGCUUCUACUCCUGGAUCGGCAUCCCCUCAUCGCUGGUCAUCCUGCAGGUGGUGCCCUUCCUGGUACUUGCCGUGGGCGCCGACAACAUCUUCAUCUUCGUCCUGGAGUACCAGAGGGACGUGAGGAGGCCCGGGGAAAAGAGAGAGGAGCAGAUCGGCCGUGUCCUUGGGAGCGUCGCUCCCAGCAUGCUCCUGUGCAGUCUCUCAGAGUCCGUGUGCUUCUUUCUAGGGGCCCUGUCCACCAUGCCCGCCGUGAAGACCUUUGCCCUCUACGCGGCUCUGGCCGUGCUCAUGGACUUUGUUCUGCAGAUGACGGCCUUCGUGGCGCUGCUGUCGCUGGAUGCCCGGCGCCAGGACAGCAAUCGCUGUGAGCUGCUGUGUUGUGUCACCGUGUCAACCCAACGUCCCAACAAGCCCAACGAGGGCUUCCUGCUGCCCUUCAUGCGGAAGUUCUAUGCUCCUGUUCUAUUACACAACGUCACCAGAAUCAUAGUGAUGCUGCUUUUCAUUGUCCUGUUCUGCGUAUGCUUCUUCCUCAUGUUUCAUGUGACUGUGGGUCUGGAUCAGGAGCUAGCUAUGCCAAAGGUCUGGAAGCACUGCUAUAACAAUAUGACUCAUCGUCGGAGCACUCCUACUGUGUUUCAUUUACAAAGAUUAUUGUGUUUUUGUUUUUAUUUUCAGAACUCCUACAUGUUGGUGUAUUUCCAGUAUCUGUACAAGUACUUUGAAGUCGGAGUUCCUGUUUAUUUUGUAACAAAGAAAGGCUACAACUUCAAGUCUGUGGAUGGUAUGAACGGAGUCUGCUCCAGCGUGGGCUGUGAUCAGUUCUCACUGACCCAGAAGGUCCAGUACGCCACAGAUUACCCCGAUCGGUCCUACAUCUCUAUUCCUGCGAACUCUUGGGUUGAUGAUUUCAUCGACUGGCUCAACCCCGGGUCUAAAUGCUGUCGCCUGUACAGCAGUGGUCCAAAUGCUGGAAAGUUCUGUCCUGCAAGCGAACCUUUUUUGAAGUGUUUAGAAAACUGUAUGCCCAUACCUACUGACGGAGUCCUCAGGCCCAGUGUGGAAAAAUUUGACCGCUUCCUCCCUGACUUCCUGGGUAACAGACCUGACCUGAAGUGUGGCAAAGGAGGUCUAGGUGCCUAUGACACAGCUGUGGUGAGAGACGAAAAGGGAGAUAUUAUAGCGUCUCGGUUCAUGGCCUACCACACACCUCUGACCAACUCCCAGGAGUUCACUGCCGCGCUGAAAAUGGCCAGAGAGCUGGCUCACAACAUCACCAUGGGCAUGAGGAAAAUACCAGGAACCGCUAGCGACUUUGAAGUGUUCCCUUACACGUUGACUUAUGUUUAUUAUGAGCAGUAUCUUACUAUUGUGCCAGAGGGCCUGUUCAACAUCUCCCUGUGUCUGCUGCCGACCUUCGUGGUGUGCUGCCUGCUGCUGGGCCUGGACCUGCGCUCUGGACUGCUCAACCUGCUCACCAUCAUCAUGAUCGUGGUGGACACCGUCGGCGUCAUGACGCUGUGGGGCAUCGACUACAACGCAGUGGCCCUCAUUAAUCUGGUCACGGCUGUGGGCAUUUCCGUGGAGUUUGUGUCACAUAUGACGAGGUCGUUCGCGCUUAGCAUCAAACCCACACGCGUGGAAAGAGCCAUGGAGGCUACAGCCAACAUGGGCAGCGCCGUCUUUGCUGGCGUUGCUAUGACCAAUCUACCAGGCAUCCUUGUGCUGGCGCUGGCCAAAGCGCAGCUCAUCCAGAUCUUCUUCUUCCGGUUAAACCUUGUCAUCACACUCCUGGGGAUGGCUCACGGACUUAUAUUCCUCCCUGUGCUGCUCAGCUACUUUGGGCCUGGCGUGAACAAGGCAGUGUUGCUCCAGCUUCAGCAGACCAAGGCGAAGGCCAGAGAGGAGCUGGAGAUCAGGAGCACCAGUCAAGCCUAUGACAACAUGAGCUACGAAAACAACGAGACAAAACAGAACCCAGACCUUAAGUCCAUGAAGGUUCCCACGGACCACAGCAGACCUUCAGAGUUGAUAGAGACCCAGCAGGAGGCAAGAGUUUCCAGUUUCUGAUCAUCACCAACACAAUCUGUUUAAAAAAGCUCUGCUGAGUAAAUACCUCUGUACCAAGCUGCAACGACCAACAGUUGGUCAAGAAAAAAGGGAGGAGAUCCUAUUAACUUAUUACAUACCUCAAUCACAAAUGAACCAGUGAUACUGGGGGAAAAAAGCAGUUGUGCAAUAUUUUGAGCAAUGCAUGAAUGGACUAUUGCAAAGACAGUCACCUACACACCCCUCCCCCACCACCACAGCUUGGCAACAUCUGGUUAUCAACUGUGGAAUCACUGGGCAGCAGUGUUCUUGAAUUCAUUGAAAGUUUGUAUUUUUUUUUUAUUGAAUGCAAUUAUUUUAUUUGUAUGAAUAUGUCUCAUUAUGUUUGCUUGAACUGAUUAAAGGCACCACACUCCAGAAUUUCAUUUUAUAGUUUCUCCAAGUUGGGUUCUAUGUUAUUGCUUUAAAAUGUAAGGGGCUUUAUCAAAUGUUUCUAUUAUGUGUUUUAUUGUAUUUGACAUUGGUGAGGUACAGCCUGUAUACACUGUACUGUAUGAUCAUGUGCGAUGUCACACAAGAGCUACAACAAGAGUUCAUGCAAACAGGCUGCUGACUGUCUUGUUUUGUUCACUGUUUACUGUCGCUGGAUAAUCCAUAGACCUAUAGCAUCACAUGCUUCCGGCUUGCAUUCCAUCCACGAGGUGGGUUUAAUGCUACCGAUGUAAAUCAGUCAUAGCUACUAACAUACUUUAGCAGUUUUAGGCACAAGGAUGUUACAGUUUUCUUGAUCGCUUUGAUGCAGCCACCUCUUUGAUGAACCUCCACAUUUUCAUAAGAGUUGCCACACAGACUUAAUCAGUGGUACCAUGGUCAAAAUGACUCGCUUUGUUUGCUAAAGGCUCUAACUGAGUCAAAACAUUUGUAAUAUGCAACAAAAGCUAAUUUUGCCCUCAAACAACACAACGUGCAAACAAGUACGUCCAGUCAUUCAUAACACAGUGAACAGCAAAAUACUAAACACUGCUCUCAUUGUAGCCUGUUGUUAUU